AUGGAGGCCAGCGAGGACUGGCUCGUGGAGUCCUUGCGCUUGUACCAGGAUUUCCAUGCAUUCGACCUCUCAGGAGCCACUCGAGUCCUUGAAUGGAUUGAUGACAAAGGAGUCUUUGUUGCUGGCUGUGAAAGUCUGAAAAAAAAUGAAAUUCUUCAUCUGAUAUUACCUCUUAGACUUUCUGUGAAGGAGAACCAGGGCUUGUUCCCAGAAAGAGAUUUCAAGGUGUGCCAUGGAGGAUUUUCAGACAAACCUGUCUUUGAUCUAAAGCAUGUGCCAGAGACCAGGCUGCUGCUGACCAGUGGCCUUCCAGGUUGUUCCCUGCAGGUGUGGCAGAUUGCAGAGGACAGUGAUGUCAUUAAAGCUGUCAGCACAAUUGCUAUGCAUGAGGAGGAGGAGAGCCUCUGGCCAAGGAUGGCUGUCUUCUCCUCAGUGGCCCCGGGAGUGCUCCACGGGGCAAGGCUCAGCAGUCUGAAGAUUACAGACCUAGAGUCCCAGAAGAUCAUGUACGCUUCAGGUGUUGGUGACAGGGAGGCACUGAGUAGCCUGCAGGUCCUGGGUGCAGACACCUUUGCCUUCUGCUGUACCUCAGGCCGGCUGGGGCUUGUUGACAUCCGCCAGAAGUGGGCACCAUCUGAGAGCCCUGGCCCUGGGUCUGGUGGAGGGAGGUGGUGUGCAGAAGUCAGGAGUAGGGACCAGGACCCUGGGCCCAGCAUUGCCAGCCUUGGCUCAAAUGGGCAGCUCUGUCUUCUUGACCCCCGGGAUCUCUGCCACCCUGUGAGCUCAGUCCAGUGCCCAGUGUCCAGGCCUAGCCCUGACCCAGAGCUGCUGCAAGUGACUUGGGCCCCGGUCCUGGACAACUGCUUAGCCAUUUCAGGUUUUGAUGGAACAGUCCAGGUCUAUGAUGUCACAUCUUGGGGUGGAAUAGAGAGCCAAGUAGAACCUCUCUUCACUCACAGAGGUCACAUCUUCCUAGAUGCUAAUGAGCUGGACGCUGCUCCACUGGUCACCACCCACAUCUGGCACCCCUGCAAACCAAGGACUUUGUUAUCAGCAGCAGAUGAUGCCUCUCUGCAUGUGUGGGACUGGGUGGACCUCUGUGCCUCCUGCUAACACCAGCGUCUCUGCCCAGGCUCCUAGGAAGAUAAGGACCUGCUGUAGUGGCAAGAGUACCAAGUUAGGACUCAGUGCCCAGAUGUCCCUGUUACCAGCUGUGUGGCCUUGAGCCAGUCACCCGGCCUGAGCCCCAGUUUCCUUACCUAUAAAAUGAGGAUAGUAAUAACUAUUUGUAGGUUGUUGGGAGGCUUAGAAAUAAUAUAUUAAAAAACACCUGGCAGAAAGCUGGAUGUUCAGUUACAGGUUAUUUAAUUCUAUAUGUGGGAAUUUCGAAACAUAGAAAUCAUUGUCUUAAUCUGGUUAGCCUUGACUAACUCAACAGUAUAUCUUCAGGAAAAUAUCUUGUUUCUAGUGAUAUACCCCAAUACUGGUUAGUUGCACUCUUGAAAUGAUGUAUUUCACUUAAGUUUUAUGAAUGUUAUGAGUAGAGAGACAUGUACAUGUUAAAAGCAAGUUGUAUUAUAUAUUCAUUUUUUUUAAAUCUAUAAACUUAAGAGUGAUACAGUUUUCUUAAACGCAGUGUGUAGUGAGAUUCUCCACAGUAACUCACCCUGUGCACAUCUAAGCAGAUACACUCCCUGUACCACAUUUUGUUUAUCCAGUCAUCUGUUGCUGGACACUUGGAUUGUUUCCACCUUUGGCUGUUGUGAACAUUGGUGUACAAGUAUUUGUUUGAGUCCCUAUUUUCAAGUUUUUGGAGUAUAUACCUAGGAGUGGAAUUGCUGAGUCCUAUAAUAAUUGUAUGUUUAACUUUUUGAGGAACCACCAAACUGCUUUCCACAGUAGCUGUACCAUUUUGCAUUUCCACCAGCAAUAGAUGAGGAUUCCAAUUUCUCCACAUUCUCACUAACACUUAUUUUCCAUUUUUCUGAUAGUAGCCAUCCUGGUGGGUUCUCUCAUGAGAACUUGAAAUAUACAACAUAGACUACAGUCCACUAGGGAAAAAAAAUUUUUUUUUUUUUUAUUGUGCUUUAAGUGAAAGUUUACAAAUCAAGUCAGUCUCUCAUACAAAAAUUUAUAUACACCUUGCUAUAUACUCCUAGUUGCUCUCCCCCUAAUGAAACAGCACACUCCUUCCCUCCACUCUCUAUUUUCAUGUCCAUUCAGUCAGCUUCUGACCCCCUCUGCCCUCUCGUCUCCCAGACAGGAGCUGCCCACUUAGUCUCAUGUGUCUAUUUGAUCCAAGAAGCUCACUCUUCACCAGUAUCAUUUUCUAUCUUCUAGUCCAGUCCAAUCCCUGUCUGAAGAGUUGGCUUUGGGAAUGGUUCUGUCUUGGGCUAACAGAAGGUCUAGGGACCGUGACCUCUGGGGUCCUUCUAGUCUCAGACCAUUAAGUCUGCUCUUUUUUACAAGAAUUUGAGGUCUGCAUCCCGCUGCUCUCCUGCUCCCUUGGGGGUCCUCUGUUGUUUUCUCUAUCAGAGCAGUCAUCGGCUGUAGCCGGGCACGAUGUAGUUCUCCUGGUCUCAGGCUGACGUAGUCUCUGGUUUAUGUGGCCCUUUCUGUCUCCUGGGCUCAUAAUUACCUUGUGUCUUUGGUGUUCUUCAUUCUCCUUUGCUCCAGAUGGGUUGAGACCAAUUGAUGCAUCUUAGAUGGCCGCUUGCUAGCGUUUAAGACCCCAGACGCCACUCUCCAAAGUGGGAUGCAGAACGUUUUCUUAAAUAGAUUUUAUUAUGCCAGUUGACUUAGCUGUCCCCUGAAACCAUGGCCCCCAAGCCCCUGCCCCUCAUACACUGGCUUUUGAAGCGUUCAGUUUAUUCAGGAAACUUCUUUGCUUUUGGUUUAGUCCAGUUGUGCUGACCUCUCCUAUAUUGUGUGUUAUCUUUCCCUUCACCUAAAAUAGUUCUUCUCUACUAUCUAAUUAGUGAAAACCCCUCUCUCUCCCUCCCUACCCACUCUGUACUCCAUGGGAGAAAGAUGUGGCAGUCUGCUUCUGUGAAGAUUUACAGCCUUGGAAACCUCCAGGGUCUCUAUGAGUCAGAAUCAACACGGUGGCAGUGGGUUUAGUUUGGGUACUCUGAUGAGCAAAGCCCAGAGACCAUUAUUUUUAACUCACUUCAAACUUGCAUUCAUGGCUUCAAAUAUCUGACAAGCAGAGGUACUUCUGUAAGCUGUGUACCUGGAAAUACCUUUAAGACAAAAAUAAUGAAAGCUACAACUGGGACUGCAGGAAAUUCACUUAUAACAAAAGCUGUAACAGAUGACGGAUCUGGUCAAUCAAAUGAUACGUUGCACAAUUUUUACAGAUGGACCUCAGCAAAAACACUCGUUCUCAUCCCCAUUACCGAUAGUGGCAAACACUGGAGUUGAGUUUCAGGGCGCUAAUCCUACCAGCCAAAGCUGAUGCAAUUAUAUUAAUCCAUUAAUUAUGUUAAUUCCAAGUGAAUUCUGUGGGUGGACUGGUCAAAGGGAGAGGUGUUUUUAUCAAAUACAUCAUAAGACUCUAGGCCCCAGGGCAGAGGCUUGUGAUGUCUGCACAGAAAUAUAAUCAUCCACGAUGGUGACUUUGCAAACACCACUGUCAGCGGUGAACAUGACCCAGGCCUCCAGCUGACCUACCCCAGAAGAGGCUCCCACUCGUCUGCUGCUGAUAACUUUCCUCCACUCCCCAAAAAGUGACCUUCCCCCUUCUUUCCAAGACUCCAGCUAUACAGUGUCAGCCCUCCAGUUAAGAGUCACAACAGCUUUAUCUUACUGAGUGUUCCGUGCGUCAGGCUCUGUGCUAAGCACUUUAUCUCCUAAGUCUCAAGCAUCUCAGCUACUCUGAUGUGAGAGGUAUACGCCUGUCUCCCAUUGAAUGACUGCUUCCAUGGGUCCUUUGUUCCUGCCCCCUGGAAACCCAGCCUUGCAUAUGGUGGAGCUGGCCUGGGCACUGACUCCAGCCUUGAAAUCUUCCCUGGUGGAGAAGAAAAUAUUCUUUGAUGGUUAUGAGAGUGGGUAGGGAGGGAGAGAGGGGUUUUCACUAAUUCCUUGAUCUUCUUAACCUGGAGAAAUUCACCCCUCCAAUCAUGUAAGGUUUACUGUACUUUUAAUUUUGGGUUAUUCAUGCUCACUUUCCCUAGUAAACGACAGUUGACUGUUGGUAAAAUUCAGAUCAAAAUGUAAGAGGAAAAUCACAAACAUUCAUGAUUCUAUUUUCUAAGGCAACUAAGAUUCAAACAUAAAGGAGCAGACCUGCUUGCGUUCCACCUGCUUUUCUGCUCUUUUCCCAACCCCUGUGGGAAAAGAGCAGAAAUGCUUGUCAGAUAUUUGAAGCCACGAAUGCAAGUUUGAGCGCCAGGUGCCUCACUCCACCCUUGCCCAGUACUGGCUGGUCUGUGUUCAAAAUUCAGGGUCUGACUUCUUGGUUGGCAGGAUACUAGUUUUUAACUUUUUUUACCCAUUUCCCACCUGCACAGGAAGAUUUCCAAAUUUCCAUGCAGGCUCGGAGAUUGCCAUUCCCAAGCUUUCAACUCUCUAGGGCAGCAGUCUCAUCUGGCUGGAGAACUGGAAGUCCUGCUCUAGGAAAAGCAAGGAAAGGCAUGGAGUUCUUCUGUAAUUUGCUUUCAGUCCUCGUAUCCGGAAGCGGUAGGUGAAAUCAGAUUGGAAGCACCUCCCAGAAAGGUCUAGUUUUCAGAGGAAAAAGUUCCGUUAAUGACUUGGGAAUCUGUCAUUAAGUGAGAAUACAGGACAAUGCACUUAUCUAUUUUAAUAAUAAUUACAGCAAUGAUGAUAGUGAAAGCUGACAAUUACUGAGUGUGCCAGGACCCUCGUUAACAGCCCAGUGAGGUAGGUUCUACCACUAUCCCCAUUUCAUAGAUGAGACAAUGGGGGCUCAGGGUGUUUUACCAACUUGCCCAAGAACAGACAAGUCUUGAAGUGGUAGACUGUUGCAUAUAACAUGUGCAGAGUUCACACUUACAAGGUAUUUAAAUGGAGAAAAAAAACUAGUAUCUUCUCUCUCCUCUGUUUCUAUAAUAUUAUUUUUAAAAAAACAGUUGCUGUCAAGUUGAUUCUGACACAUGGCGACCCCAUGUGUGUCAGAGUAGAACUGCUCUCCAUAGGGUUUUCAGUGGUUGUGACCUUUUGGAAGUAGAUGGCCAGGCCUUUCUUCCAAGGUGCCUCUGGGUGGAGUUGAACCUUGAACCUCAGUUAGUAGCCAAGUGCUUAACAUUUGCACCACCCAGGGACUCCUCUAUAAUACUGUUACAGAAAGCAAGCAGAGAGACUCCUGUACUGUAGAGUAAAGCAAAAACCUCAGCAUGGUCUUUCUGAGUCACCCUGGACUAAUGGUUCAAUGGAGAGCUGAAUCAAGCAAUAUCGGAGGAUAGGAGGUAAAUAGUGUUCCCCUAAAGAACUCACUAAUUGUCCUCCUCCUGAGGCCAUUUCCUGAUACAGAUAAGUACCAGAGCCAGGGCAAUAUGCCUCCUUAUUUCUGGUCCUUAAUGCUCCUCACAGGACUCUCCCACUGUUCUGAGGUGCAUGGUGGGGAGGCCUUACCAUUGGUAAUUCCUCCUCAAAGCCUGGGAACCCAGGCUUCCGGGCUGCUCUCGGGGCUCCACUGCUGUUUCAUCACCAUCCCGUGUCCCAUCUUCUGGCACUGCCUCCGGCUGCUUUUUAGAGUCCUCUCUAAUCCACAGAAAGCCUCCUGCCAUCUCUAAGGCAUCAAGGGUUGUUAGCGAGGCUCCAGGGAUUCAUCAGGGCCUCCAUCUCAUCAUAGAAGGCGCAGGUGUCCGGUGUGUGGGCGCUCCUGGCUUUGCGGUAGUUAGUCUGAAGGUUUUUGAACUGGUAGCAACACUGCUCCAGGGUCCGCAGGAAACCACAUUCCCGCAGCCACUGUGCUACAAUCCUGUACACCUGGUGGUUCCGAUGGCAGGUCCAGAGUUUCUCAUGAAUGUAGGGCUCACCAAGAAUCCCCAGGAAAAUUUUAGUUUCUUCCUACCCCUGUGCACACCUGGGGGAAAGGUACAGCAGUUAAGCCAAGACAGAGCUGCUGAUUUUGUAAAGAAGAUAGCCGAAGACCGCGCUACUCACUACCACAGCAUUUAGUGAUUUCCUAAGAAAUAAUCCAGUGGGUUUUUUCCUCUGUGACAGGACUGAUCAGUAUAUCUAACAACAGAGACAUACAUAUUUUUAAGCUUAUAAACAUUCUUAACUGUUGUAAAAUAUAACACAGUAUUUGCCAAGUCCAUGUUUUCAUGUGUACAAUUUAGUCGACAUCAAUUACAUUAAUCAGGUGCAAUCAUCCUAAUGAUUCUUCCUUUUUCUCAAUUACUCACACUAACAAAGGGCUUUCCCAUUUGUAUGAAAAAUAAUCUUUCAUUAUUUUUCCAAACCAUCAUAUUAUGUGCUGAAUACAUAUGGCACCUGAAAUAACUGGUUGGAAUGUGGUCAUCUCCAAACCCUGCUAACAGCUAGGACCCUCCCAUCUUGCUCCUGAUAAGGUCUUACCAGUAGGACUCCGAAACAGGGCUGAGAUACCAGGGCUUCCAGAUAAUUCUUCAACCCCCAGUUCUUCCCCAUCAGAAUCUUCUGUCAUGGCUCCUGAGUGCCCUUCCUCCAGAGAUGAGGCUGUGAAGUCUAGGUUCGGCCCCUGCUUCCCUGACCUGCCUUCUAACACAGCCUCGGCCAGCAUCACCUCCUCUUGUUCCCAGCAACCCCUCUGUAGUUCUUCAUGCUUCACAUCAUGGUGCCUCUGCCCAAGCAGACACCCUGCCACCUCUGGGAUGGGGGUGGUGGCCUGGGGGCGCAUCAGAGCAUCCAUCUCAUCAUAGAAGGCACAGAUGCCUGGUGUGUGGGUACUCCUGGCUUUGCAGUACUUGGUCUGGAGGUUUUUGAACCGGUAGCGGCACUGCUCCAGGAUCCGCAGGAAGCCACGCUCACGUAGCCGCUCAGCCACAAUCCAGUACACCUGGCGGUUCUGAUGGCAAGUCUGGAGUUUCUCAUGGAUCCAAGACUUACUGAGAAUUCCCAGAAAAAUCUUGGUUUCCUCGUAACUCCAGUGCACCCCUGCCACCCUCUCAUCCUCCAGGCCCUGCCACUCCAACUCGUCCCAGGCCUUGGCUCUUCUCAGGACUGGCCCCUGCCCAGGCCUGACUCUGACCCCGCCCACUGAGGAGCCUCUCACACUCUCCUCUCUGGGGCAUUGAAGGUCUGAGCUCUGUGGUGUUUCCUGGCUCAGGUGGGCCCUCAUGCUGGGUCUGUGGGUUGGAAAAUCUUUGCAGGGAGACAAACAGAAGACAUAAUGGUAUGAUGAAUCUAAUCCCAGUUUAUAUUCCAGGAAGAGGAAAAAAAAAAAGUCUAAUAAGAUUCUUGGGAAGGGUCAGUGAAAAUAAUAUUAAGAACUAUGAGAAAAUGACAAGGAAAAAACCCAGGCCCAAAUAUCUUUUAACUGUAUGACCAUGUCAUCUAUAACAAAUAAAACUAAGGUAUUUUUGGCUUUACUGACCCUGAAAUGAACUUUCAAUCUAUUUUCCUUUCUGUGCUCAUCUUUGGUGACUUGACCGUGGUAUUGGAUUGCUACAUCUUUUCAAGCAGAAUUGAACAAAGGAAUGGAUUUCAAAAAUUCAAUCCAAAAGUUCUGGAGUAGUGAAUACCACAGAAACCUCACAACAAACUUUGACCUUAAAGGAAAAAGGCACUGUUACCUGAUGAGACCCCACUGGCAGAAUUCUCUGGAGUUAUUUCCAUGCAGUGGUUGCUCUGUCCAGGAUCUGGUUGCCUCUGUGCCUCCUGGGAGACAUACACAGCUAUAUCAUCAAACGUCACCAACCUCCGCGGAAAAUAAAAUCCCCACUCAAAACAUGCUGCCUUGGGACAAAAUGUCUCUAUACUGGCUGUGUCUGAGGACAGAUAACUAAACAAAUUUAGAAGAAACUAAAAAGUGAGUUCCCUUUGGCUUUUAAAUGCAAUAAGGGUGAGCAGGGAAGUGAUAAGGGAGAGAAAAGAAGAGAGAGAAGCUAACGUUUACUGAACACCUAUGCAGCGUGUACUGUGCUGGAAGCUUUUCAUCCUUGCUCAAAGCUACACAGUAUAUGGCAGAACUGGGAUUUGAACUCAGGUCUGUCUGAUUCUGAAGCUUUUGUUUUUUUCCCACUACACAAUACUUCAAGCCAUGUGAGCAAGACCCAGACGCAAAAAGAAGCAACCAGUAACUUCAAGGCAAACACGCAAGUUAAUAUAAUCUGACAAUCUCAGGGUCAAGGAAAAGAAUAAUUUUAAUAGGAUCCUUCAGUGCCUCAGCUGUGGCAACGCCUUACAUAGGUAAGGAGGUUUGGGCAACAUUUUUCAGGCUGAUGAAAUCUUGGAGCCUAAUCUGUAAAGUCCUCUCCGUCAGUUCACUGUACCGUGGCGGCUGUCGUGUUGAUGUGGUGCUGGAAGCUACACCCCUGGUAUUUCAGAUACCAGCAGGGUCAUCCACAGUGCACGGGAUUCAUCAGAGCUUCCAGACUAAGACGGACUAGGAAAAAAGAUCUAGCGACCUACUUCUGAAAAUUAACAGUGAAAGCCCUAUGGGUCACAACAGAAUACUGUCUGAUACAGCCCUGGGAGAUGAGUCCCCUAGGUUGGAAAGCACUCAAAAUACACAGUAGCCACAACAAUGGACUCAAGCAUACCAACAACUGUGAAGAUGCCUCAGGCCUGGGAAGCUUUUCAUUACAAAGUUAUCAUAAGUUGGAGAUGACUCAGUGGCAACUAACAGCAGCAGCAACAAUCUAUAGUUACUGGGCCUCCCUGCUGCAUUAAACUCCUUUGGAAUUUCUGACAGAGUUGACUGCAGAGGGACCCACUCAAGUAGUAACAGGUGACUUGAGCAAGAGAAAAGUACCGGGGAGCUGCUCAUGGUCUCCUGGUCACUGCUUUCCUCCACAGUAAGACCUGGAGCCUGAGGAUCGGAGGGGGCUGGGGGAAGAGAAAGGAACCAUUAAAGUACAAUGGUGUUUUUCCCGAAGCCAACUCUUCAGACAUGGAUUGGACUGGACAAUGGGUUGGAGAGGGAUGCUGGUGAGGAGUGAGCUUCUUGGAUCAGGUAGACACUCCAGACUAUGUUGGCAUCUCCUGCCUGGAGGGGAGAUGAGAGGGUGGGUGGAGGGGGUUAGAAGCUGGCAAAGUGGACACAAAAAGAGAGUGGAGGGAGAGAGCGGGCUGUUUCAUUAGGGGGAGAGUAAUUGGGAGUGUGUAGCAAGAUGUACAUGGUUUUUUGUGUGAGAAACUGACUUGAUUUGUAAACUUAAAGCACAAUAAAAAUUAUUUAAAAAAAAAAAAAAAAGUACAAUGGUUUCUGACUCCUCCUGGGGACAA